AUGGAUUACCUUAGAGAUUUCCUUCGUGAUACAUUUUUCCCAGCCCACAACCAAACACAGCUUUGGGAGCUCACUGCUAACGUAUUUGAGGAUUCUUGGCAACAGAUUCGCGAUGAUUUUAAUCGUCUUGCUGAUUUUUCUGAAACUACAAUAGUUGCUCCCCCACCGCCUGUUGAAUUACGAAGAGUGAUUGUCCUCCCUUUCGACGUUCAGCUGAGAAUACCGAGAAUAAUCCUCCGCGAAACUUCUAGAGAUUGGAAUGACACUAGUAACUUUAUGGUUGGGGUCGCUGCUGUUGCGGUUAUUUGUCGUCAUUAUUGGUCAUGUUAA